GAAUUGCUGAUAGAAAAUUAUGCCUUCAUGCAGAGCAUCUCCUUCUGGCCUCCUCUGGCUACCAUGGGUGUUUUCGCCACUACACUGUCCGCUGCGUUGGGCAAUCUGGUCGGUGGUUCGCGAAUACUGGAGGCACUUGCGAGGGAUGAUAUUUUCGGUAUUGUCCUUCGACCUAUGAAAUGGAGUACGAAGAACGGAAAUCCCAUUUUAGCUGUCCUUUUCACGCAUUUACUUGUUCAGCUCGUCCUGUUCAUCGGCAGUUUAAACACCAUCGCCCCCAUCGUCUCCAUUUUCUUCUUGUUGGCAUACGCUUCCAUCAACCUUGCAUGUGCCCUCCUGGAUACAGCCUCUCCUGCCAAUUUCAGGUAG